AUCUUCUGACAUGAAGGACUGAUAGGUUUGCAACGUUUGCUUUGUCACUUCCAGUGUCGACAGCCUCAAGACAAGAAAAUAUGACAAGGCUUAUCUCGCCCUCGGAUUCACUAGUACAAUGAAUGAGUCAUUUUUAUUUACACACACCGCGGCUGUCAGAAUGGCUGCCAUGGCCAUGAGGAAGAGGCAAGGAGCGGACUCCCUGACAAGGAGAGCGGCCUCCAUGGCCAUGACAGGUUCGAGGAUGUAACACUGUUCGAGGCAGGCAUUAAUGUGGGCUCGGGGUCCAUGAUAGGCAAAGUGGCCAUGACGAGGAACUCCGAAGCGAACUCUGGAAGUUGUUCCAGGGCUGGUGCAAACUCCAAACUGAGCUCCGGGGAUGGUGCGGACAAUGGACUGAGCUCCGUGGCUGGUGUGGACAAUAGACUGAGCUCUGAGUCUGGUGCGGACAAUGGACUGAGCUCCAAGUAUGGUGUAGACAAUGGACUGAGUUCUGAGGGUGGUGUGGACAAUGGACUGAGCUCCAAGGAUGGUGUGGACAAUGGACUGAGCUCCAAGGCUGGUGCGGACAAUGGACUGAGCUCUGAGUCUGGUGCGGACAAUGGACUGAGCUCUGAGGGUGGUGUGGACAAUGGACUGAACUCCGAGUCUGGUGCGGACAACGGACUGAGCUCUGAGGCUGGUACGGACAAUGGACUGAGCUCAGGCUCUUGUGUGGACUCCAGAGCUUCGGGGAGGACUGGGGUAAAUACACACAGCACUAGGAGUAUAGUAAUUCAUUGUGGAUGUUCUAGAUAGAAUGGGAAGAGACUAGUAAGGCUGUGAUGACUCUGGACUGACAGGGUAGCAAUCUUCCUUAAGUUCACCCACCAUAAAGGAGGAGCCAUCUAAUAGAAGGGCAAAGGAAAUGUAAUUGGCUAAGGACUUGGAGGUGUUUCUACAUGUCAGAUGUUCGAUUACAGUAUAUCGCUGAGGUGAUGGGGGUCAGGUGUGGUGAUAAUUAGUCCAGGAGUUGGAUUAGCUGAAAGGAAGAUGACUGGGUGUGGCUGGGAUAUGACAGUAAGCCUAGAAUAAUGAUUUAUAUUCAGAGCUGUCAGAUCUGAUUUGGUGGGAAAAUUCAUGCAACUGUCAUUUAUAUCAUUGAAUGUUUCAUCAAGGUUUUAUUUAUAUAGCACAUUUAAAAACAGCAAGUAUGGCUCACCAAAGUGCUGAACAAAAACAUAAAACGAAGGAAAAAAAGCACAAAUACAUUCACAACAGACACUCAUACUGAAUUAAAAGCUACGGAAAAAAAGAUAUGUUUUAAGACAAUAUUUAAAAAUAGUUAGAGACUGUGCCGAUCUGAUAUAGGCCGGGAUACUGUUCCACAGCCUAGGGUCGGCAAUAGCAAAGGCUCUAUCAUCUCUAUGCUUUAAUCGCGAUCUGGGUACACAGAGAAUUCUCUUAUCACCAGAUCUCAGAUUUUGUGUGGAUUGUAGGGGUGGAGUAGCUCAGACCAAAAAAAAACAACAGCAGAUCUAUCAGCAAGACAUAUGUACUGCUGCUGCUCCGAAGAGCCAUGAGAAUCACAUAUUUGCUAUAUCUAGCUUUGCCGAAUGGCUUAAUAUCUAGUGGCUUGACUUGUGUGUAUCUUGGCUAUCGAAGCCCAGCAUUAUUUAACCACUGACUUAAGUAAUGUGUGCUUGUGUAACAGAGGCCAGCUAGUAGUCGCCGUGCGAGUAAACCUCACUCCUCUGAUCUCAAGAGAUGCUCUAGCGACUAACGCUAGGGGUUGCAGGCUUUAACCUCCUAGUUAGAGCAUCCGACUCUCAUGCCAGAGACCCGGGUUCGAGGCCCAUGCAGAGCGGGGCAAGUAGGACCUGGGUGAGGUGUUACAUUGGUGCCUUGACCCGGAUGGAAGUGAGGUUUAGGGAGGUGAGUGUAAC